AUGACUCAACGACUGAUAUACAUUAAUGACGCCCCUGUGACUGUGGCCCCAGCGUCUGCACCAACAUCAGAAAUAACCUGCACAGGAAGAGGAAGUUGUCAGCCGCUGCUUAAAUCAUCCUUCAGUGUGAUGCUCAGACAGUCGGCAGCGAGACAGCAUGGAGUGCUGCUUGAAUUCACUCUGCUGAACAGUCACACUCUGAAAAGUGAUGCAGCCUUUAGCAUCACUCCUAACAGACUGCAACACUUUCAAUUCGACACUGUUUCUUUCCACUGUGAGGGGUCUGAUGGUCUGUCUAAACUGAGAAUGAUGAAGAAUUCUGAGGAAAGUGAUCCUGAAUGUGACAUUGAGACAACAACCUCCUGCACCAUUCAGCGAGCUUACCCAUCAGACAAUGGAGAAUACUGGUGUGAGAACAACAGAGUUAACAUCUCCGUUACUGCUGGUUCAGUGAUCCUGGAGAGUCCUGUCCUCCCUGUGAUGGAGGGACACAAUGUGACUCUGAGCUGCAGGAACAAGACGACUUCUACCAACCUCCAAGCUGAUUUCUUCAAAGAUGGCCGCCUCAUCAUGACGAGCAUCUCUGCAGAGACGACCAUUAAAAACGUCUCCAAGUCUGAUGAAGGACUCUACAGGUGCAGCAUCAGUGGUGGUGGAGGAUCAGCAGAGAGCUGGCUGGCUGUCAGAGAGACUCGUCCCUCCUUGGAUCACUCCAUUUAUCUUCUCCUCCUCUUGAGGACUGUGUUCAUCAUAGUGAUGGUGGCUCUGCUGCUGCUGCUGGUGGGACUGCUUCACUGUUACACUCACAGUUACACAAAAAUAACUGAGACUCAGACUCGACAGAUGCUGGUGAUAAUUUGA